UUAUCACAAACCACAGCCUCGCCUCAAACUCGCAUUACAACCACAGCCUCUCACUCCCCUCUCUCCCCCUCUCCCCCUCUCGAAACAUACACGAUACAAACGCACACAUACAUGGAGUCUCGCCAAUCAUAACGCCCAAUGCCAUACUUUAAAACGAGCCAAGAAUGGCUCGACCUCUCCGUCGCUCUCCUUGAGGCUCGGCCCUCCCAGACCCGCGUCACCGCAAAAUACUCCAUCAAGCCCGUCAAACCCCGCAAAGCAGCAGACCCCAGCUCUACCUCCGCCGACGAAUCCUCCUCCCCCUCGGACCCGAAACCCCCCCGCGGCAGCCUCGUCCUCAAGACCUACGACCCCGUCAGCGGCGUCGCACUCAAGUACCGCACCACAAAGGCCGCAGAGGUCACGCGCCUCAUGUACGCCGCCAUGGGCCGCCUGGGCAGGGCGCAGGCUGGCGUGCAGGACGUUCCCGAGGAGACGAUGCAGGAUGCUGAUGCGGUCGAGACGCCGCAGGGAGAGCAGACGCCGACGCAGCAACAGCAGCAGCAGGGUGCGGCUGGAGGUGGUGGGGGUGGGAAGAAGAAGAAGAAGGGCAAGAAAUGAAUAUCAAGUGGAAUUGAAUAGACAAUGGAUAGCUUUUGGUUUGAUAUGGUGGGCGGGUGUGAGCAUGAAUGCGGAUACCAAAAUAUACUCUGCAAUUUGCGUGUGGAAAGCACAACCUCUGGAUAUCACAG